AUGGAUGCGAUUAAUACAUUUGGACAUCGACAAGAUUCAGCGUCAGGAAAUUUAAUGUACCCUAAUCGACAAGGCAACAAACUGUCUGGUGCAAAAACCCGAAGAGAAGUAAUUGAGCAAAUGUUAGCAGCAAAUAGUUUUUUAUUAUCAGAAACUGAAACGAAAAAAAUGUACUCGAUGUUUAAUAUUAAAGAUCCACCCAAAGUUUGUAUAAGAGAUCCUUUUAAAGAUACUACUGAAGAUGGCCACGCAAGAUACGUUUCUGGAACCGAAGAACCUGAAAUCAUGACUGAAACAUUUCUAAGAGAAUUUAACUUGUCUAAGUUUGUCGUAGAUAAUAAAAGUUCAUUUUCUCGGGGAGAUAGAUCGAAUGAAAUUGAAAAUCUAAAUGAAAGAAAUCAAUUUGAGACCCGAGACGUAAGUCUGUUUAACCUUCAAAGAAGUCCUUUUAUUCGCGAAAGGAGUCCUCUUAACUCUGAAAGAAAUUCUCUAGGGGGAAAUGGAAUCUCGGAUAAUCGCCGAGAUUCCACAAAUAUGUCAUGGGAAAGAACAUCCUUUUUAAAUAAUCGUUAUAAGCCAGGUAGAUUUGACCAUUUUGAGGAUCCUUUUAAACAUACUAACUAUGCUAUUUCUCGUAUUCGCAAAAGGAAGCAUUAUGGUAGAGAGUUUCCUGAAGUAUAUGGACAUACAUCAUGGAACUAUCAUGAAGAAAGCACAAACACAAAAGCAAGAUAUGAAGAAGAAGACCUUAUCGGGAGAUACCUUUUUGCGACGAGGCAACCUGAAACCAUGGCCGGAUCAUUUUCAAGACAGGAAUCGGAUAUGCAUAGUGGAGGGAGCCCUUUGGGAUAUGAUCGGGCUUCAAAUUCUAUUGGACAGAUGUCUUCUUACGAAAUGAAUACUUUCGGGGGCGGAAAAAAUCAAGUCCAUCGUGAAACUCGCGGAAGAAGUCCAUUCUAUUCCGGAAGAAAUGAUAUCCAUCCUGAAAAUCAUAGAAGAAGCUCUGCUGCUAGUGAAAGAACUAGCUUUGAACGUAAAAUCCGUGAAGGAAGCUCUCCCACUAGCGAAAGAAAUCGAUCAAGUUAUGAAAUGUUUGAAAGCCCUCUUAUCCGUGAAAGAAAUUCUCUUGAUCGAAAUAGAAGCUUUGAUAAUCUUCAAGAUACCAGAAAUAUGUCGCGGGAAACGAGGCCUCCAGUAGAUGAGAGAAUCUAUUUUAUACCACCACGAGAUAAUCCUUAUGAGCCAGAUAGAAGUGACCAUUAUGAGGAUCCUUUUAAACAUACUGACUAUGCUAUUUCUCGUAUUCGCAAAAGAAAGCAUGAUGAUAGAGGGUUUCCUGAAGUAUAUGGACAAACAUCAUGGAACUAUGAUGAAGAAAGCACAAACAAAAAAGCGAGAUAUGAAGAAGACCUCAACGGGAGAUAUCUUUCUGCGACGAAGCAACCUGAUACGAUGGCGGGAUCAUUUUCAAUACAGGAAUCGGAUAUGCAUAAUGGAGAGAGCCCUUUGGGAUAUGAUCGGGCUUCGAAUUCGUAUGGACAAAUACCUUCUUACGAAAUGAAUACUUUCGAGGGCGAAAAAAAUCAAGUCCAACGUGAAACUCGCGGAAGAAGUUCAUUUGAUUCCGGAAGAAAUGAUAUCUAUCCUGAAGCUUACAGAAGAAGCUCUUCUGCUAGUGAAAGAAGUAGCUUUGGACGUAAAAUACGUGAAAGAACCCCUCCCACUAGCGAAAGAAAUCUAUCGAGUUAUGGAAUGCUUGAAAGUCCCCUUAACCAUGAAAGAAAUUCUCUUGAUCGAAAUAGAAGCUUUAAUAAUCUCCAAGAUAUCAGAAAUAUGUCGCGGGAAAGGAUGACGCCAGUAGUUGAUAGAAUAGAUUUUAUACCACCACGAGAUAAUCCUUAUGAGCCAGAUAGAAUUGACCAUUUUGAGGAUCCUUUUAAACAUAUUAACUAUGCUAUUUCUCGUAUUCGCAAAACAAAGCAUGAUGGUAGAGAGUUUCCUGAAGUAUAUGGACAAACAUCAUGGAACUAUGAUAAAGAAAGCACAAACAAAAAAGAGGGAUAUGAAGAAGAAGAUCUCAACGAGAGAUAUCUUUCUGUGACGAAGCAACCUGAAAUGAUCGCCGGUUCAUUUUCAAGACGGGAAUCGCAUAUGGAUAGUGGAGAGAGCCCUUUGGGAUAUGAUCGGGCUUCGAAUUCGUAUGGACAAAUACCUUCUUACGAAAUGAAUACUUUCGAGGGCGAAAAAAAUCAAGUCCAACGUGAAUUUCGCAGAAGUUCAUUCGGUUCCCUAAAAAAUGAUAUCUAUCCUGAAACUCAUAGAAGAAGCUCUUUUGCUAGUGAAAGAAGUAGCUUUGGACGUACAAUCCGUGAAAGAAGCCCUCCCACUAGCGAAAGAAAUCUAUCGAGUUAUGAAAUGCUUGAAAGUCCUCUUAACCGUGAAAGAAAUUCUCUAGAUCGAAAUAGAAGCUCUGAUAAUCUUCAAGAUAUGGAGACUGGUCAAAUCCUACAAAUUGGAGAUUACGGUUAUAUUCCGGCAGAUUCAAAAAUUAAAGUCGUGAUGUGGAUUCCUAAGGGAAUAUCCUCCGGUUCUCCAAUGGGUAUUAUUAAAAAACUGGCAGAACAAAAUGCACGUCGAGUAACGAAUCAUUGGCGUGUUUUAAAAGCUAAGCACAAUCCACAAAAGGCCUCUCGUUUCCUAUUACAGAUAAUACAUAGUGAUGUCACUGCUCUACAGAAAUUCGACAUGAAACCUAUUCUUCAUAAGAAAAAUACGAAUUUUGUAAUUCAAGGUUGA